CGAAUCUGGCAAGCAACAGGCACCUGUGACGACCACAGUCGAACCGGUAAAAUCAACACUCUCAAAUGAUAAUGGAGAGGAUGCAUCACUGGUGGCCCAAAUCAAUGGCGACGACUCACUGACCGCCGACAAGGAACCCACGGACACCCUCAUCUCGGCACCCACGGACACCCCCAUCUCGGCACCCACUUGCAGACGCACCCGCAGCUUGUCUGCUCCUGGGGUUUGUCUACCCCACCGCGAUCAUGUUGACGGACCCUACGACCUUCUCCGCCCUUCCUCGAGCCCUCCCUCAUGUGCGCGUCAGGUCAAUCUCCCACAUCGUGACACGGAAGUUGAUCGAUCGGUGCAGGAAAUGCAAGGUGGUGUCGCGCCCUCGACGGCCUCGAGUGGUUCGGUCACGCCCAUCGGUUCUUCGUCAUCGGCCACCUCGCAACCCAAGUACAAGGCCAAACCUCAGGCCCCCAUCGUACCCCGGAUCAUCUCGAUCAUGGAACCGGCUCAAUUCCACGGUGCAGGACUUCUGGCCAACGACGAGGACCCCCUGCAGGCGAUAGUCAGGACGAUCGAACGACUGGAGGCGAAGGCGGCAUCUACCGAGAAACUGCCAGAGGACUAUUGGGCCACUGAACGGGUUGUCGCGACGUCCCAGUCAAUCAAGGAAGAAGCCACCCGGAUCGCGGAAAAGUGGGAAGUGGAUGCGGUCAAGACCGAAACGCGCAGAGCGGUCAAAA